AUGGAGAUUCAGGAAUUUCCGUUUCCCGAUUUCUUGCUAAAGAUGCCGUUUAUGAACCCUAAAGGCAUGUCGACACUCGGCCACACCUUCAGAAACUUUGAUCAGACCAUUCUGACCAUUAAGGUCGGAAAGGGCGAGUAUCCAGAAUCUUUUAGCUGCCAUCGUGAGCUUCUAAGAAGAUGUUCGACAUACUUCGAUCGGGUACUAGAGCAGCAGAGCUCUUCACCAUACAAGGGUGGUGAAGCUGCGCUGGAGCUUGACGAUACGAAUCCAGAUGUCUUCGAUGCGUUCAUGAUGUGGCUGUAUACUGGAUAUAUUCCACACCAUCUCAUCGAAGGCGGAAAGGAGGUGCAUGCACCAUCACAUUCUAUCGAUUUGAACGGUAGCAUGAACGGCAGCACCAACGGCACAUCCGAAACCGACGCCAAGGACGGAGCCGACGAUGUUGACACAGCAUCGUGGGGCAUUUCACUCGACAACGACGACAACGACGCGACUCCUCCGGCAGAAGGAUCACAAAAUGGGGAUGCGCCGCCUACGUCGGAGAACGGCGCUGAAAAGGUUCCCGGCGACGCCGAUAGCGAAAAGAGCGCUCCAGCGCCCCCGAUCCGCUUAACUGCAGCCGAGAAGCCAGAGAUCCCCAAAGAGACUUUAUGUCCCUGCUGCUCCAGGCCAUACAAAUGGCGCGGCCUGGAAGGCUUUCUCGAACGCCGCUUCAUUUCCCUUUACAUCUUCGCACACAAAUACGAGAUUCCGAAACUCCGUCAUGCCGUCAUCCUCGCGUGGCAGAAGAACGACGAAAUACUACAGUCGAUGCCCGAUCACAGCAACGUCAUCGAGGCUUAUGAACGCCUUCCUACAGACUCACCGUUGUGCAAGUACUUCCUGGACAUGUACUGCGUCUACUGGGACCCAAAGAAAGACAACGAGCGGAUGGUCUCUCUACGGUCUCAGCUCCCGCAAGCUUUCCUGUUCGAGCUUGCCACGACUCUAGCCCAAGGCGAGAGGCCAAAAACAGAGAAGGACUGGUGCGAGUGGCACGAGCACGAGGAUGAGGCAGCUAAGAAGGCAUGCACAGAGGAAAUGAUGAAGGAUGCCGCCUGCGCGAAAGCACUCAAGCGAAUUCGCGAUGUCAAGGGCUGGAAGGGCUUGGUAAUGAAGAAGGGCAAGAGGUGA